UCUGCACAGCAGGGACGAUGGUGAGGCGCCUGGUCCCCUGUCUGCCGGCCCUCCCUGUCUGCCUCGCCGUGGUCCAGCUGCUCAGCCCCUGCUCAGCUCAGUUUGCUGUGGUUGGACCCCCCGAGCCCAUCCUGGCCAUGGUGGGUGAAGACGCUGAGCUGCCCUGUCACCUGUCCCCGGAGAUGAGCGCUGAGACCAUGGAGCUGAGGUGGGAGCGACCCAGCCCCAGGCAGGUAGUGCACACAUACGCACACGGGCAGGAGGACACGCCGGCAGCAGAGUUUCGAGGGAGAACUUGGAUUUUAAGAGAGGACAUCACUGUGGGGAAGGCUGCUCUCCGGAUUCGGGACCUCAGAGCCUCUGACAGUGGAACCUACCUGUGUUAUUUCCAAGAUGGAGACUUCUUGGAAAAUGCCCUGGUGCAGCUGAAGGUUGCAGCGCUGGGCUCUGGUCCCCACGUUGAAAUGAAGGGCUACGAGGCUGGAGGGAUCCGUGUGGAGUGCACGUCUGCCGGCUGGUACCCGCAGCCCCAGAUCCAGUGGAGAGACGCCAGGGGACACAGCUUGUCUGCUGAGGUGGCCACAGCGGCUGCAGACCCCCAGGGCCUUUAUGCAGCCUCAGCCUCUGUGAUCCUGGAAGCUGGCUCUGGGGAGGGGGUCUCCUGUGUCAUCAGAAACCCCCUGCUGGGCCAGGAGAGGUCAUCAUCCAUGGUUUCCAUUGCAGGCCCCUUCUUCUGGAACGCGCAGCCCUGGGUGGUGGCCCUGGGCGUGACCCUGCCGGCUCUGCUGGGGCUCCUGGCAGGGACGUGGUACUUCCUGUGGCGGCAGCAGAAGGAGAACCAGGCCCUGUCCCAGGAGAAGGAGAGGGAGCGAGCAGAGAAAGAAGCAGCUCAGGCCCAGGAGCAGCGGGAGCGAAGUGCCAAAGAGAAGCUACAGGACGAACUCAGGUGCCUAAAGACCCUGUACCUACCACGUGAGGAGCGGUCUCAGGCCUAUGCAGAGUGGAAGACGGCCCUCUUCCAGCCUGCGGAUGUCAUUCUGGCUCUGGACACAGCACAUCCCAACCUCCGAGUUUCUAGGGACCAGAGGAGCCUGUGGUGGACAAGCACUCGGCAGAACCUGCCAGACAACCCUGAGAGAUUUUGGGAAAAUUGUUGUGUGCUGGGCUGUGAGAGCUUCACGUCAGGGAGACACUUCUGGGAGGUGGAGGUGGGGGACAGGGCACAGUGGUGUGUUGGGGUGUGCAGGGAGGACGUGGAGAGGAAACACUGGGUUAAAAUUAACCCUGAGAAUGGAUUCUGGGUUAUAGGGCGGUAUUCUGGGAAGUACUAUGAGGCUCUCAUGGACACCCGCUCCAGACUGACAGUUGCCAGCCCCCCUGAGAAGGUGGGGGUGUUCCUGGACUGUGAGCUGGGGGAGGUCUCGUUCUACAAUGCCCACGGCGGGUCUCACAUCUUCACCUUCCCGCCCACCCGCUUCUCUGGGCCUCUGAGGCCUGUUUUUGAUACUUGGACCUUGGAUCCCACUCCCUUGACCAUUUGCCCAGUGCAGGAAGCAGUGGGGAGGUCCCUUGUGCCUGACCCAGGGCCUGACCCCUCUCUGGAGACCCCAGUGGCCCCGGGCUCAGCUGCUGGGAAUGGGGACCCUCAGGCUGAAGAAACAUCUCUGCUUCUCGCUGCCCCGCCUGGAGCUGAGGGCCUCCUGGACAGCAAACGUCUCAGCAGGAAAACACUAAAAACACUGAGUGACGGACUUCUCUAA